UGAAAACAUUUUUCUUUUCUUUUUAGUUUGUUCAAAAUUUUAUCAAUAUAAUGAUGAAUAUUUUUUAUUCUAUUGCUUUUCUAUAUUUAUUGUGUAUUUUGAAAAUAAAUGCCGAUCCAUUAGUGAGAAUUACGCAGGGUAUUUUAGAUGGAACAACGGAAUUAUCGAAAAAUGGGAGGAGAUAUUCUGCAUUUCUUGGCAUACAGUACGCGAAAGCACCGGUGGGAAAUCUCAGAUUUAGUAAUCCUGAACCUACUGAAGGAUGGGUGGGUGUAAAAUCAGCGAAAACUUUUGGAAACAUAUGCCCGCAAAGGGACGCAGGCAGAGCCAUGAUGGGAAACGAAGAUUGUCUAUUUUUAAAUGUUUAUACACCAAAACUCGAAUUUAAUUCUAUAACUGAUGAUACAUUAUUACCCGUAAUGUUCUGGAUACAUGGUGGUGGAUUUACAUCAGGCACUGGCAACAUGUAUGGAGCUCAAUUUUUCCUAGAUAAAAACGUCAUUCUAGUAACGAUAAAUUACCGUCUUGGAAUGUUGGGUUUCACCACAACUGGCGAUUUAGUCGCAACAGGAAACUACGGAAUGAAGGAUCAAGUCCUCGCUUUAAAAUGGGUUCAACAAAAUAUCAGAGCAUUUGGUGGUGAUCCAAAAAAAGUGACAAUUUUCGGUCAAAGUGCAGGAGGUGCAAGUGUCAGUUUUCACGCCCUCUCUCCGGCAAGUGAAGGUUUAUUUAGCGCCUAUAUUAUACAAAGUGGUGCCCCACUUUGUCCCUGGGCAUUUCAAAGAAGAGAAACAAUUGCCACAUAUUUACGACAAGUAUCAGUGGGUGUUGCCUGUCUGUCAAGAAAUUCAAAAAAUCUCAUUGAAUGUCUGAGAACAAAAUCGGCAGCAAGUUUGGUGAAUUCAAAUUUUGCCUUUGGUUCUAUUGAACGUGCUAAUCUACUAAAUUGGACGCCGACUGAUGAACCGGAAAAUGACGAUGCUUUUCUAAAAGAUACACCGAAAAGAUUACUGAUGAAUAAUGGAAUGAAGGAUUUACCAUUCAUGAGUGGAACUGUAUCUGACGAGGGACUUUUAAUAACUCGAGAAUUUUAUGCAAAUGAAUUACUCUAUCAAUGGUUUAAGUUAAAUACGAAUUCGAUGAUCAAUACCUACAGUAGACGCUAUCUUGAAGUUUCCGAUAGCAGACGUUUUACUGCCGAAGUGACAAGAUACUACUUCAAUGGAUCGAUAAUAUUGUCGAGAAAAAGAGAUUUCCUAGACAGUGCAACACGAUUUAUCACUGAUGGAUUUUUCCUUCAUCCUCAAUUGCGAACUUUAGAGAAAGUAACACCAUCGAUGAGAAAUUCGAAUUACUUUUAUAACUUGGGUUAUAGAGGGUCACUUAGUGCAACAAUGAUUGAAGGAGACCAACAAAAUCUCGGAGUUUCCCAUGCUGAUGAACUUAUCUAUUUGUUUCCAUUGACAUUUGGAACUAUUAGAACGUCACAUUUGGAUUUUAAUAGAGAUGAUGAUGUUAUCAGUAGGAUGUUGAUCGACAUGUGGACAUCAUUUGCCACAAACGGGAGGCCAGUGUCGAGCGUUUUGACAAAUUCGAAUUUAUGGAGUCCGUACACAAAUCAAAAUCCAGUUCACCUUCAAAUUGGCAAUAUUCGAAACAAUAAAGAUCCGUCUGUGACACUCUCAAAUAAUUACUACACCCAAAGAAUGAAUUUUUGGCGAAAUAAUGCCCCUCUGAACAAAAUAAUUCUAAUUUUCCUAUAUCAUUUAAGUGGAUUCUACGUAAAAAUGGAACCAAUUCUAACAAUUUCCCAGGGCACGUUAAAUGGAACUUGGGAACAAUCGAGAAAUGGAAGAACAUAUUCAGCAUUUUUGGGCAUACCAUACGCAGAACCUCCAAUUGGAAUUUUGAGAUUCGAAAGUCCUCUGCCGGCGAAAAAUUGGACUGGAAUUCGUCAAGCAAAUAAAUUCGGAAAUCGUUGUCCACAAAUCAGUGGUAUGAAAAUUGCAGGCGAUGAAGAUUGUUUAUUUCUAAAUAUCUACACACCGAUAUUAAAUUUCAAUGAAACAUUGGAAAAUAGUGACAAACAAUUAUUAUCACUGCCAGUGAUGGUCUACAUUCACGGCGGGGCAUUUAUAAUGGGCAGUAGUAAUACUUUUCGAGCGAAUUUUCUUUUGGACAAAAAUAUCGUUUUAGUAACGAUUAACUAUCGUGUGGGAAUAUUUGGAUUUUUCACAACUGGCGACAAAGCAGCGCCAGGAAAUUAUGGCUUGAAAGAUCAGGUUUUAGCUUUAAAAUGGAUUCAAGAAAAUAUCAAAUCAUUCGGUGGUGAUCCAAUGAAUGUAACUAUUUUUGGAGAAAGUGCAGGAGCAGCAAGUGUCAGUUUCCAUGCAAUCUCCCCACUGAGUGAUGGUCUUUUUCAAAAAUACAUAAUACAGAGUGGUAGUUUCCUUUGUCCUUGGGCCUAUCAAAGCAAAGAAGAACUAAAAUCCUACGUUAGAGGAAUUGCUGCAGUACUUUUCUGUCCCCUUAUAUUCUCCGAAAGAUUUCUUAAUUGUAUGAGAAGAAAAAGUGUCAGGCAAUUAAUGGCGACAAGUUCUUUGUUUCCUAUAAUUUCUUGGACGCCGACCGAUGAACCAGAUAUUGAAGGAGCUUUUAUAAACGACAAUCCUGCGAAUUUAAUGAAUCAAAUGAAAGAUUUGCCCUUCAUUAGCGGAGUUACAGCCGAUGAAGGACUCAUUGUGUCUAGUUUUUUGAGAAUCCAUAAAUACGUGCCUAGCAUCAUGAGAUACAUUUUCAACCCUGUUCUCUCUUUCGUGAACCAUUUCUAUCUUAACGACGAUAAAAAUUCAAAUCUUUCUCAAGGUAUCAAUGCUUUUUACUUCAAUAAAGCUGCCAUGACAGGAAGCACUGAAGUGUUUUUAGAAAGUGUCACGAAAUUUUCAACAGAUGCAUUCUUCUUCUAUCCGCAAUUAACAAUGUUAAAGACAGUAACGCCUUUGAUGAAAAAUAAAAAUUACUUUUACAAUUUUGGGUAUCGAGGAACCUACAGUUUCACCAAUUUGACUGUUGGUAAUAAUCAUAAUUUUGGAGUUUCACACACUGACGAACUUAAUUAUUUAUUUCCGAUAAUACCCGAAGAAUUUAAUCUAAAAACAGAGAGUUAUACGAAAAACGAUGAAUUUAUGAUCGAUGUUAUGGUUGAUCUAUGGACUUCGUUUGCAACAACUGGAAAACCAACAUCAAAACAAAUGAAUCCUCCCGAUCUAUGGGUACCAUUUGAUACUGAAAGAAAAACUCAUCUUUUACUUGGAGAUAUUAAUAACAACACAAAACUUGCGAUAACAAUUGCCGAAUCUUUUUAUCCUAAACGAAUGAAUUUUUGGAAGACGUUUGCUCCCAUAUGGCCUUAAUUUCUUAAUUAUAAACUAUAUUUUUCGAAAUAGAAACAAAAACUUGUUGCAUUAAAAAUUAAAGUUUAACUAAAAAUUUAAAAAAAAAAUUAAAAUUAAAAAAUUUUAACUAAAAUGUAAUAUACCAAUUUAAUAAUAAUAACAACGAAAAAUUCCGAAAUGUAUACAAAAUUGUACCUAUUAGUUUGUAGAUUAAAAAUUAGAAUUCAAUGAAAAAGAAAUCUAACAUAUUAAAUUACUCUAACGAUGCCUAAACAAAACUACUUUUUGUUUCUGAUAAGAAAAUACUUUUCAAUAUUGAAAAACAAUAAAAUUCUAUCAUGACGAAAAAUUAAUAAAUAAAAAUAAGUCAUCAAAAAACGGGUAUGAAAACAAGUUC